AUGGCUUGUUCUUACGAAAAAAAACAAGAAAGGUUACUACGCCUAUUUGAGGAAGUUCCAACUCCUUCCGCAUCCGAGGUAGAAGAUAAUGAUCAAAGUCUACAAGGUGAUAAUUUAGAAACACUAGAGUAUGACACAAAGUCUAAAGAGGAUAUUCCAGUCACUGACGAUGUCCAAGAUCAUGUUACCGCACAACCAGCAACACGGGUGCCUUGCCUUAUUGGAAAAGAUGGUACGAGAUGGAAGAAACAUCUUGGAUUGAAGCGUAACAUUCGAACUCGGCAAGAAAACCUCUACACACAAUUACCAGGUCCCCGAGGCGAAGUACGGAAAAAACAUACCUUCAAAGAAAUUUGGGAAUGUUUUUUCACCACGAAAAAGAUAGUAGAGUAUACCAAUAUUUUUAUUGCUAUGCAGUCAGCCAGUAGACAUCUUUGA